AUGGAAUCUAAUUUGGAUGUUGCUAGUUGUCUUUUGGACGAGUGUUCAAGUGCUGGAUCACAUCAUCAUCAUCAUCGAAAAUUGUCAGCAUUGUCAGCAGCUUCGAGUUUACACGCACCUUCAGAAUCAUCAAUGAGUCGGAAACGUAGCAUUCGAGAAAGAAUGCAGGAUAUUGAGAAUCGUAGAAAUCCUAAAAAACCAACACCUCCAAGUAUUUUUGAAGCAGCUCAAAUGAUUGGAAAAUUUAAUGGACAAAGAAUUGAUCUACUUUCUGGUGAGUCUUUUUUUAAAUUUAUUUUUCUUAUUCUGUUUUUUUCCUCAAAUUCACUAAAUUGUCCAAAAAAAAGAAAGCAUUUACAAAUUUUAGCUAAUUAUAUAUUAGGAAAACGAAAGUGCAUGUUGACUCACAAUUAUAAUCAUCGGCUUUUUUUUUGUAACUCCAAAAAUAAAUGCAAAUUUGACUUACUUAAUGUAAGAUUUGUGAGAGAUUUACGAGAAAACUAGCAACAUUUGCUUAUUCUUUGACUUUGUCUCAUUUUACUCUUUUUGCCUUCUUAUGACUCCAAAAGUCUCACAUUCUGAUUAAAAAUUCGGGGGAAAAAGCAGAAAACGGGAAAGCAACAUAGUCAUUUUCUGCGAUCGACACACAAAAAAGGUUAAUAAUGUAAAGCGCCUGUUUUUUUAUUCAUCAAUUCACGCGCCGCGAAAUUGACCAACGUUGUCUUUUUUUUGCUGAAACAUGUUUGUGCGUUGAGAAAAAAUACUGAAUUGCGUGACAAGUUGGAAAAUCUUUAGGGCAGAAAAGGGUAUUAGGGAAGAAAAAAGCAAAAAAAGAAAAGAAGAAGAAUUAGAGGCAUAAACAAGACAAUAAUUAUAUUCUUCCUGGUUUUUUGUGACUUUCAAAAAUUGUAUAUGAAGUUUGGAUCUAACAGAAGGACUGUCUGAAUUUCUAAAGAAAAAAAAAGACAAGAAUUUUCUAUAUUCAAGUUAGUUGGUUCCAGAAGCCAUGACUGAGAAAGUCUGA